UAAACAGUGAGCGAUUUUCUUCGAUCGAGAAAUUAAUUCGAGACCAAGGAAUUUGUGGCGACUCGCAGUAUGGUCUUGGAAGUCGUAGACUUUAUGAUCGAUAGCAAGGAAAUUCAAAUCUCGAUCAGGUAAAUGUUUCUUGCGUGAAAUGUGACGCACUGUUUAUCGUCGAUAAGAGUACCGAUAAUCGAAUAAUCGCAAGAAGCAUGAAAGUCAUGCAUCGGCUACUGUUGAGAAGGAAAGGUACGAAAGACUGCAUAGUGUAUAAACGAGAACGUUUAAGGAAUAAAUAUUCGGAUUUCGCAAAGUGACAAAAGUGCCGAGGAAGAAGAGUAGUCAAAGAUGAUAGUGUCCGCUUGAAAAUAAGCGAAAUUAAAUAAAACAAGACCGACAAGACGUAAGAAGCACAUGACUGCAGUUUGAUAUGAAGGAACUCGUGACAGCGGACCCGAUAAACCACCGAGAAUAAUUUAAUCGACCGCAACAGCCCGCAAACGUGUUCAGUCCUUUGCCGACAUGUCCAGGAACCAGAAUUACCGGACGUUUACCGACGACAAAGAUGGGGAUAUUCAAAACUCAGACAAGUCAUCGUUGGUGGAUCCAACAAUACUUCCAAAGAUUCAGCCGUCCACCGAAUUAGAAGAUGAGAAAUCUGCAUUGGCAUCAAACAGCGUGCACAGUGAUCCAGAAAAUGGUAGAAAUAUUAAUGGAAGCGUGGUCAGACAAGUCCUUGCAGCACUAGUAGCACAGCUUGGAACUAUUAAUACAGGCAUGACCUUUGGUUUCUCUGCUAUUGCUCUCCCACAGCUUCAAGAACCAAACAGUACCAUUCCAAUUCAAGAAGGAUCUUCAGAGGAAUCAUGGAUCGCCAGCAUGUCUUCUAUCGGUACACCCAUCGGAUGUUUAGUGUCUGGAUAUAUGAUGGACGUACUCGGAAGAAAACGAUCUCUCAUCAUUACGGAGAUACCUGCAUUACUUGGCUGGGUAUUAAUCGCGUUCGCAACCAACAUCGAAAUGAUCUACGCUGGAAGAUUCUUUGUAGGACUCGGAUCAGGCAUGGUAGGCGCUCCAGCGCGGGUCUAUACUGGAGAAGUAACUCAACCUCAUUUGAGGGGAAUGUUAACCGCGUUUGCGAGUAUAGGAGUUAGUACCGGUGUCUUGAUCGAAUACGCGUUAGGAAGUGUACUUACGUGGAACGUCUGUGCAGCCAUUAGUGGAAUUUUACCACUCGCCGCUUUGUUGUUAAUGUUUCUGUUUCCUGAAACACCGUCCUAUCUGAUAUCGCGUAGUAGGCCCGAAAAAGCGCGAAAGGCGCUGCGACAAUUUCGCGGUAGUACAUGUAAUAUUGAUCAGGAAAUGGAAACGCUUAUCAAUUUUUCCAAUAAGAAUAAUAUUAAGCGGCUGACAGGAUUUCGGGAAAUCGUAAGCGCCCUUUUAAAACCGAACGCUCUUAAGCCGUUCACGUUGUUAUUUUUAUAUUUUUUGAUAUACCAGUGGUCAGGUACAAACGUUAUAACUUUUUACGCGGUUGAAAUUUUCAAAGAUUCAGGUUCAGCGUUAAACAAAUACUUGGCAGCGGUAAUUUUGGGAGUAGUGAGAUUGUCCUCCACCAUCGCUGCGUGCGUUUUAUGUAGAAGGUGCGGAAGAAGACCUCUCACGAUGGUCUCUUCCGUUGGUUGUGGACUUUCUAUGAUAGGAUUAGGCGGGUACUUGUGGUUGAAGGAUUAUUGGACUACGUACAAUCUUCCACUCGUUGCUACUUGGUUUCCUGUUUUAUGUAUAUUUGCAUACACCAUAACUUGCACACUUGGUUUCCUUGUUAUUCCUUGGAUAAUGAUAGGCGAGGUAUACCCGGUACAAGUACGCGGUAUUAUAGGUGGUUUAACUACGAUGGCAGCCCACUCGUUUAUCUUCAUAGUAGUUAAAACGUAUCCAUUUUUGGCUAGUGCACUUACUCGGCAUGGUACUUUCAUUCUUUACGGCUGUAUAUCGUUAUUUGGUACAAUAUAUUUCUACUUGUGCCUUCCUGAAACUAAAGGUAAAACGCUACAAGAAAUAGAGGACUACUUCUCUGGUAGAAAUAACAAUUUGAGAACUGGUAGUAUACGUAGUAAUAAACCAAAAGUGUUAGAGGUAAAAAAAGGUCAGAUAUUACCCUCGUAAAACAGGGUGUUUAGGUACUAGCGAAUCGCUGAACCAGUCUUCCAUUGAACAGAAAUAAAGAUUAAAUUACCGUAUAUUGUUAUCACUGACCAUAACAAGUUCAUGUAUUUUUGUUGAAGAAUAGUAUUUAGGUUGGAAAUGGCGUUCCAAGUUCAUUUUAUAACUGGACGAAUAAAAUUGGCUAUACAAUUGGAAGACUUUUAAAACUAAUUAAAUUAUAUUAAGACUUCACUAUGUAUAUGUAUAUUUUAUUGUUCUGUUUUACAUUUUUGUAUAGUAUCUUUUUAAUUCACAGUGAUACGUAUUUAUUGACUUAUAAUUCACGUCGUGCAUCUCCCAAAUAGGGCAAUAACAUUCUUUUAUAAAAGUACAAAACGUUAAGAAGUAUCAAAUAUACUCAUAAAAAUGUUUAACUUUUUUUUUA